GACAACCCAAUAGUUGAAAAGCUUGAAAAAUCAAAUCUAGAGUAGUAGAGAGAAAGAACUCAGUUAUGCCUACUUCAACUACCAUUCAGUGGCUGAGUUUGGUUGGUAACAUUUGGCUUCAAUCAAUCACUGGAACAAAUUCAGAUUUCCCAGCUUAUUCAUCUCAAUUGAAACAGCUUCUCUCAAUCUCUCAAAUUCAGUUAAACAAUCUUGCAUUUGCUUCUGAUGCUGGGAAGCUUUUUGGAUGGUUUCCUGGUGUUGCUGCAGCUCAUCUCCCUCUCUGGUUAGUUCUCUUAAUUGGUUCAACUCUUGGAGCAAUAGGCUAUGGUGUCCAAUUCCUAUUCCUUAGUAAGAGAAUCUCUUCACUAUCAUAUUGGCAAUUCUUUUUCCUCACUGUUCUAGCUGGAAAUAGUAUUUGUUGGAUCAAUACAGUUUGUAAUGUUACGGCGAUUCGAAAAUUCCCGUUCGAUCGACAAGUUGCAGUUGGGUUAUCGACGAGUUAUUCGAGUUUAACGGCGAAGAUUUUUACUAAUAUUGUUGAUUGGGUCUUCUCUUCUUCAUCCAUGAAGAAAGCUGAAGGGUAUCUUCUUCUUAAUUCAAUUGUACCUUUAGGAGUUUCUAUGUUAACUGCUCCACUUGUUAGAGAAGUUGAAAUGAAGAAGGAGAAAGAGAAGCAUAUAGAUAGAGGUUUCAUUUUAAUGUUUGUUAUAACAAUUGUGACAGGAAUUUAUGCUGUGUUUGGUAGUAUGGGAAUCAUAUCAAAUGGUAUCUCACCAUGGAUUCAUGUGGUUGGUAUGGUAGUUCUCUUAGCUACUCCAUUAGUGAUUCCUUUGGUCACUUGGGUUAGAAUGGUUUUAGAGACUAAACCUUGGUGGAAUAAUAGCUUGAGAGAGAGAAGAAUUUAUGAUCUUCCAGUUGUUGAGGUUGGUGUUAUUGAUGGAAUAGAGAUUCUUGAGAUUAAAGAAGAAUUAGGGUUUGAAGUUGAAGAAGAUGGUGAGAUAAUUAAAGCCAAAGAAGAGAUUGGAGUGAAAUUAAUGGUUCAAAGGUUGGAAUUUUGGUUAUAUUUCUUUGUUUAUAUGUUUGGUGCAACAUUAGGGUUGGUGUAUUUGAACAAUUUAGGUCAAGUAGCUGAAUCUCGUGGACAUUCUCAUACUUCUUCUUUGGUCUCCUUGUCUUCUUCAUUUGGGUUCUUUGGGCGUCUCCUUCCUUCUCUCAUGGACCAUUUUUUCUCAAAGAGUAGGUACAUGGUAUCAAGAACAGCAUCAAUAGUACUACUGAUGAUCCCUAUGGCAGGAGCAUUUUUCUUACUUCUCAACCCCAACAAUCUCUCCCUAUACAUCAGUACGGUGGUUAUCGGAGUAUGCGUCGGUGCAAUUUCUUCGGUUUCAGUUUCGAUGACACCGGAGCUAUUCGGGACCAAGAAUUUCAGUGUGAAUCAUAACAUUGUUAUUGCUAAUAUUCCAAUAGGUUCAUUAAUGUUUGGAAACAUGGCAGCUAUUCUUUACCAAAGAGCUGGAUAUGAAGGACAUGGGAGAUGCAUGGGAGUUGGUUGCUAUAGAAACACAUUCAUCAUAUGGGGUUCUACUUGCUCUCUAGGGACUCUACUAGCUUUCAUUCUCUAUCUCCGGACUCGUAAAUUUUACUUGCAGAGGCUAAAGGAGUAG